AUGUCGUCGUUCGUCCGCCGUAUGAGCGGACCUCGUUGGCGCGAGAAAGUGAGAUUUCUGAAGAAACGAGAACAGAAGGCCAAAUACAGGCAUAAGAACAGGCGACUCACAAUGGGUGUAGAGAAGACAGUGGGCGGUGCUCUACGCGGUGCGCGUAUGUGUGUGCGUGUGUGUGAUGACGGUGGUGGUGGCGCUCGUCUUUGGUACGGACGACGGAGCCCCUCUAGGUGGCCUAGCCUUACCUGUCCCCGCCGACUCGACCGACGGCGACGACGACAGCGCAACACAACGCAGCGAACGAACGGCGGCGGCGGCGGUGGCGGUACCGUAACCUGUGCCAAUGUACUGUGCGUACACUUUGUGCCAUUAUGUGUGUGA